UAGGACGGAGGUGCAAGCAGCUAGUAGGUCAACUAAUACGGAUGACGUAGCUAAUACAUUGCGGCCAUGUCCUGUAUUGACAAUAGACCGCGCUACGCGUGGAAUAGCUCACAGAGUGCGACAGACGCGCUCCCAGCCGUUGCUAGCUAGGAGCGCAAUUCUGUGUAUUUUUUUGCGAUGCGAUCCGCCUGUUUUGUGCUGUCGGACGCCGGGCGACAUUACUAGAGUGACCCCUCUCCAAAACAUCCUUCCUCUAUAUCUAUUAGCACCAACUACUUAGUUACCUCUUCAUUUCUAACCUUCUUCUGUUCAUAGGGAGGGAAGUACUAUUCGGUCAUGAGCUCGUCAACUACUACACCUAGACGCAGUGGGCGACGGAUGGCAGUGGUGGCGAUUUUUAAGAGGGAAGGCAGUUCAUAACUCAGUGACAACUACUUGCCAUCUGCUGUUCCAUAAUGAUAGUACUGGGCAAUGGGAUGACUGAGUGUAAAUAUUUUAAAUAACAGAAUUCAAUUAUACAUAGAGUCUCUGGUGAUGUUUUAGACUUCUUCCUGAAAAUCAUACUUGAACUUGUCAUAUUGGGUCGCAUUGUGAACUAUUUUUAUUGGUGUCCGUGUCUUUUUUUUUCGUCUUCUAUUUUAUUUUGCCACAAGAACAGGAGGAAGGCCAGUGCGGCGUGGUGUUACAGCUUACAAAGGUUAAGGUGGUCACGGAUGUCGCAACUAAUAUUUCGUGUAAUAAGGGUAAGGCAAUGCAGACUGCAUCCCGUUAGACAGUAUUAUCUCUGGCUUCUUUUUCAACGGCACAUCGUUCCCUUCGACGUUUUUUUCCGAACGAGUCACCCAUGUGCAUUUAGAUUCACCACGUCGAAAGAGAAAAUAGAGAGUCAAGGAGUGUCAUGGUGGUCCUAAGGUGAGAAAACCGAUUGUCGAAGACGUUGAGCUAAAUGGGGUUGGGGCUAGUUGUAAGUAGUAGCAGAGUCACACUCGUUUCCCUUGGGCUCGCUGCGCAAGGCUGACGUGGAGACCUCUUUGUUUUGAAGUAUUUUCACCUCUUUUUGUGUUUCUAGAAAAUGGACGGAACUAAUUAUAUAUAGAUCUAAGUGGGUAGUCAUGAUUUCCUGUGAACAAGUUAUCAAAUUUGUCUGUUCCACUUAUCACAUCACGACUGACGAACUCGAACAGUAAGAAUAUGUACUAAAAGGGCCUUUUCGUCGCAGAGUCCAUGUCCGCUACCAAUGGCAAAAUAAUCAGUGCCAUGAGUAUCAUCAUCAUGCUGGCAACAUGAGGAAGAUGAAGGAGCACCACAGGCAUCGCUGAAUUGUCCCAGGUUUUAUCGGUAAUAGUACUAGCCGUCUCCACUACUUCGUGGACAUUCGUAGCUGUGCUCGUGGUUGUUGAAGAAGAACGAGAAAAGCAUCUUCUCGCCGCGUGACAUGUUAAAGACUACACUGGGGCACUUCUUAGCCCACAUAUGAGGAAGUAGGCUUGACUAUCAAUACUGAGAAAAGUCAUAGUCUUCAUAUUUUAAACUAGCGACAUUGAUGAUAGAACAAGAGAUAUUAGUACUGAAUUAGUGAAGCUGAAGUACGGAAAGGAAAGCACAUCAUCGCGAAAGAAAAAAACAGCUACAGCUUUCGCGUGAAAAAUCAGACGCGUCGAGACAGAAUCACGCGUCCACAUGUUUGCUUGUCAUGAUAAUAGAGCAGUUUAUAGCAC